AUGAUCUUGCUCUUGGUCAGAUCCAGUCGGUCUCAGUCAGAUCGCCUCAGUCCUGAUCUCGCUUUUGCUCAGGGUCACUCGGUUGGUACAUUUAAAACAACGGUGGAUACUUUAGCUUGGGAUGGAACUAUCUCAUCAAGUGAUUUUUACAAGGCUGCUUCUGCUUUUCUUCAGAGAUGGAAAUUGAUCAACUCUGAUUUUCCUUCAUGGUCAUGGGUUCCAGGUCAGAAACUACAAUUGAUUAGUUCUGAUAAGGUGGAAGGAUACUUAUCUUUGGAGAAAAUAUGCCUUCUGAGGCCACUCGAGAAUGAACAGGAGAAAGGAGAGUGCUCUGAGGAAAGAGAGACUGCUGGGUACAACAAUGAGUUUCUCGAUGAAGCUACGUUAGUCUCAUCCCCAAGUGAUCACCAAGAAGUACAUUACUAUGAUUUUCACAUUCUGCACUGUGCAUCAUAUGGUGUUCUAGUACUAUACUUUCGUGCUUACUGUAGUGGUAUGCAAUUUUAGAAGUGGCCUGACUAACCACA